CCAAUAGUCUGUGCUAUAUUUGUUUAUUUUUCAUCAAAUCUAAGUUAAAAUGUCAAUAAUGAAAAGAAAAACAAUUCCAUUUGUGUAGUUGUGUAUAAUUUCCUUUACACGAGGACAUCAUAUAUUAACAAAAGCUAAGCUAACUGCGUAUAGUCAAAAAUGUCGGAUAAAAUAUCAUCACGACACGUAUCUUAUGAGCAAGCCAAGUCUCUGGUGGACUUCAUGGGACAACAUAUUGAGCUUGCAACAGGUUCUCUUCGUACUUUAGAAGCACGGCAUACAUCAAAACGGCUAUGGAAUGAGCUAAGCAGUAUUUUAAAUUCUGCGCGAACUGGUACCAAGAAAACCGCGGAUGGCUGGAGUAAGUAUUGGAGCGAUUUCAAGAAUAAACUGAAGAAUAAAGCUAAUCUCCUAAAUAAGAUGAAGCGAUCAGAGUCCUCAACUGGCGUCAAACCUCUGACUAAGUUGGAGAGGAGAGCUCUUGUGAUAUUGGGGCCUUACUUCAGUAGAAAGAAAUCAUCUAAUGGACAUUCUAAAACAUUUAAUCAUCGGCCACCAGAAGUGAAAUUGGAAUCGUAUCACGAUGGUAUCGGUAUUGAUUGCAGCAACACAACAAGCGAUAACAGUGAACAAAUGACUGAUAUUGAUAAGGACGACAGUGAAGAUUCCCUUGAUGCCUGCGACGGGUCGAGCGAUGACAUGGAUGUGUCUGGUAUACAAAAUCUAUACCCAAAAUGGUUAAUAGAAGUGGAGAAGAAGCGAGCGGAGGCGGACCUGAUCCGGGCGAAAGCUGAAAAGGAACGCGUGAGUAUCGCGGCGAAGAAUGCGGACGCGGCGCUCAAACAAGCAGAUGCCUUGAAGAAACUCGCCGACGCGACUGCAGUACAAGCUGACGCCAUACUACGGAUAGCCAUUAGUCUAGAAAGGAACCAAACAGAUGUCCUGGCCAUAUGACCUAACGUUAUGGAGUUUGACGCGGGACAUUUUGAGAUAUAACGGGUUGUGAGUGACAUUACAAUGCUAAUGGUGGAAUUCGGUUGCAAUGUCAGCCUAAAGUGAUUCUGAUUAGUGGCCUAAGCGAUGUUCAUUGACUAUUUUAUGCUACGGAAGAAGUUGGGACAGACUUAUUUAUCUAUGAAAUUAGGCAAGUGCUAUUUUUGUCCAAGUGGAAUGACAAACUGACUAAUAUUACAAGUGUUGUACUUCUAGACAAAUGUUUUUGUGUCAAAUUUGUAGAGAAUUACCAUUUUAAAAUGUAAAAAAUGUGUCCAAAAUAAAAAUUAGCUAGUAAACGUAUACCUAACUGUUAUCCAGUUAUGCACUGUGUAUUAUGUUAAUUCUUAAGAGGACAGCAUGAAAUAAACGCGUAUUUUAUAAUGCCUUGUAUGUGAUGUACGGAAUUGAAAAUAAUAUAUUAAUGUAUGAUAUGCUUUAGGAUAUAUGCAUUGAUAAUGUUUUGAUUUGAUAGAAAAUGUAUUUCGAUCCUUUUAUUUUAAAAUGAAAAUUAUACUUAUAUACAGGCAAUCAUUCGGAUUUUUGUCAAAUUAUUAUUAAUUGUCAAUAUUACUUACUGUAUAUUUAACAAAAUAAAUGCUCUAUAAAUUAAUUUCAUUUAAUAUUUUUGUACAUGUUUUCUAUGGUGAUUGAUAAGAUACAGAUAACAUACAUAUUCAGAUAACAUA